AUGUCAUUUCCAACGCCUAGUAAUUAUAUUCAUUGCGAAACUCAGAAAGAGAAGAGUAGAAGACAACAAAGUACCGACCAAAGCGUUGCAAAUUAUGUUGACAAUUCUAAUUCCCCGUCUACACCUUUACGGUCUUCUAAUAUUACGACCACAAGUUCAUCUAUUUCUUCGUGCUCAUCAUCAUCACCAUCGUCCACAAUAUCAGUUUCGAAUAUAACAGAUUUAUGCGCAUGGUGUCAGAAACCAAAUCUUCAUCCAUAUAAAUUUAAUGUGUUAUGCAAAUCCGUGAAUGUCGAUAAUUCAAUGGAUGAAACAAGACCAAUGCCUGUUUGUUGUUCUCAAAUCUGUUUUGAUAAUUUACGUCGCGCGUAUUUCAAAAAUCGUCGGUCUAAAUUAAACAGACAAUUGUUUGACGAAAUACCUGCUAUGGUAGUAUCAGGUCGUUUACCGUAUACAUAUGAUUCUGAUAAGGAUAUAACUGUCGUCAGUGAAAGUUGUAAACAAGCAUACUUAUCAACUAACCUUACCGUUACUAAUUCAAAUAGUCGAAUACCGUCGAAGAAACGAUGUCACCAUCAUCAACAACAAAAUAAUAUUCAAAAUCGUAGACAUAUUAUGAAUAAUUUGUCAAGUAGAAUAAAUUUUUCAACAAAUACACAGAAUAAUUAUUUAUCUUUAGCCGAACAAGUGAGCGAUUCUACUCAUCAGAAUAAUACUGAACCGUCAAUUAUCCCAUUAUAUGAUUGUAUAAUGCAGCAUAUUGAUAUUACUCAUGUUCUAAACAAUUUGUUUAAUACAAUGAGUAUAGAGAAUAACAACACUGAUAAUCAUUGUCAUUAUAAUAAUUGCAAUACAAAGAAUACUGACAUCAGUAAGCAUAAUUCUGAUUUGAGUAUAAUGAAUGCUCAAGCCGGAGGUAUUGGUCAGUUGAACUCAUCUAACAUGGAAUUAAUCAACUUCAUCAGUCAGUUAGUAAAUUUUCCAAAUAAAAAUAUUACUAACAAUGACACUAGUAGUGAUGGUAGUAAUAUUAAUAAGAAUUUAGAUUUUCAAUUUAACUGUUUCAACCAACAGCCAAUAGUUCCUAUACCAAUACCGAUACCUGUAUUUAAAACAGCUCCUGAACUCUUGACUAUUCUACAUCGUUAUGGUUAUCAUUCAUUAGGCUCUUGUGAAAAAAGUAAUAAAUCUAUUAGUGUAGAUGUCUCCACGCAAACAAUACCGCAACCAUUAUCAAAAACAAUCACCAUAGCACAGGUAAAUAGUGAAGAUAAUUUAAACGAAAAACUCCCGUAUCCAUUACAAGAUGAUGUCAAUGAUGCGACAGGAGAUACUGAACAAAAUCAGGAUAAAUAUAUUAAGACAGAAUACAAUUAUCAGCUCAAUGAAAACAGUGAUAAAGCAUUAGAUUUAAGUUUAUCCAAUAAAAAACUACAGAAAAUAACUUCAAAUAGAAAUUUAAUGAGUAUGCAAUAUUCAGAAAAUCGAAAACAAUGCCAUAAACAACAACGAAUUCAAAAUAAGAGCCAGUUAUGGAGAAGAAGACAAUUAAAACAAUUUCCUUUUACAGGCAUUUACAAUUUAAUCAAUCCUGUGACAAAACAUUGUUACACGGUUAAAAUUAUACCAAUCAGACGGUGA